AUGGGUUUUGCAAAAAAAAAUGGUGGUGUCCAUGUCCCUUACUAUGACUUUGUGCAAGUUACCCACACCAACCAGACAACAAAGCAAUUGCAAGACGGAAUUGACAUUGACCUGGUUGAAAAAGUUUGUAGAAAAAAAGAAGAACGACUUACUCAGUUAUCUCAGCAAGGAACGCCUGUUGAAGGCCUUCCCCGAGAAGAAGUCGACACAAUAGUUUUAGAGUAUACUCCAAAAAGAAAGGGCCGUUUAUUUGGAUUAGGAUGUCUUCCUGAAAUAUACAAGGCUGGAUGUUCAUGGGAAAACUCACCUACGGAUCGUGAAAUUGUAUUGGAACAAGAAGUUGCAGAAUUAAAGACUAGACGCAAUGCAAAAGACGGCGAAUUUGAGAAAAUGAAGGAGUUUAUAUCGAGAAAAUUUCUAGAAGAAUUUUAAAUUUUAUAAUGUAUUUGCAUUAUAAUUUAUAUUUUUGAUAAUUUUAAUUUUAAUUUUAUUUCCAAUUUCUUUUUUUCUUUUUUUCUUUUUUUAUUAAUUUUUAUAUAGUCCGUUGGAAAUCCGUUAGAAUGUCUAUCGGAAAAUACCGUCAGAAGACCGUCAAAAUUUCCAUCGGAAAAAGCCCGUUGGAAUUCCGUCGGAAAUCAUCAGUCAGAAUCCCAUUGGAAAUUUCCGAUUAAUCUAUUCUGUUGGAAAUGAUCCGUCGGAAAUUUCCAACAGGAUUCUAACUGAACAUGCAUUUCUGACGAUCUACAGG